AUGUUAGAAUUUGAAAAGAAUUUUGAUAAUCGUACAUUAUUACUAUAUAACAUUAAGGUUCAACGUUUAAACGAAAAAUUGGAUAAGGCAUCGUCCUUGUUAGAAGCUUUAAAACCAGGCCGUGUAAAACGUGGAUUGAUAAAUGGAUUAGGUUCUAUUAUUAAAAGCAUAACAGGCAACUUAGAUUACAAUGACGCAAUUACUUAUGAUAACGCUAUAAAAGUUCUACAAAAUAAUCAGGAUAAAUUUAAUUCUGAUUCUAAUCGGUAUAUUAGCCUGAGCAAAGCAUGGAUGUCUGAACAUACAAAAUUAAUAAGUAAAUUAGUGGAAAACCAAAUGAAAAUUAAUAGAACUAUGCAAUUUAUUAUAUCGAGGUUUGACGAAUCAGAUUCUUUUAAAUAUGCAGAAUUAGCGCAACUCCUAGACUCCUUAGACGAUAAUAUUAAUGAUUUACUUUUAGUUAUAAGAAAUAUAGAGGAUAGUUUAGCUUUUACGCGUACAUCGCGAGCGCACCAUGUUAUGUUAGGAAUAGACAUAUUACGUAGUAUGUUAGUUACUUUACGUUCCUUUUAUGAUUCAGAACAAAUUAUUAAUGUAGAUCUUCGCGAAUAUUAUGGUAUAAUUCGCACUGGAUCAUACUUUAGUAAAAAUAGGAUAGUAAUUAUAUUAAGAUUCCCCAUUAUAACUCCUCACACUUAUAACCUUUACAAACUAUCCGUUUUACCUAAUCGUACAAAUCACAUCAUCAUACCUCCCUAUCCCUAUAUAGCAACCAAUAAAGAUAUGUAUGUGUACAUAGAGGCUGAAUGCCCGAAGUUGAGCAAUCGGUUUCUAUGUGAAGAGACCCUAAACCAUCAUACAAGAAGUUCACCCGACUGUAUCGCAAACCUCAUCACCACGCAAGAGAUAUCCAGCGACUGUGAAUCCACCUGCCUAACAUUAACUAAGCCAGCAAUGGAGAAAUUGGACGACAGUCACUACACCAUUAUUUUCCCACAUCUCACUAAAGUUGAAUUAUCCUGCAAUCAUAAGGAAUACCUUCAUCUCCAAGGCAGUUUCAUAGCAACGUUGCCGACAAACUGUUCUCUACGUACUGACGACCUCACUAUUGUAAAUAUUAAUAAUGAAAUUAAAGGGACACCUACAAAAAUUUUAAUUGCACCAAUCAAUCAUAUUCCGACGAGACCGCUAAAAACCUUGGGACUGCACUCCAUCAACCUACAGGGAUUACACAACCUACAGAGACAAAUAGAAGUAUAUACGACGGUCGCCCCUGAAAGAGAGUUCGCCAUCUACCAUACAACAAUACCAUUUUACAUCUUUCUACUGUGCGCAGCGGCCACUUUAAUGUUCCUGUGCUAUCGUCGCUACAGAUCAAAGAAAAUGAACAUUCAGAGAUCAAAUAACUCUUCAGCCCCAGAAGUUGAUCCUGCCGCAACAUUUUCACUCAAUGUCCUAAAAUAGUUGCGGAUCUGCGGGGGGAGGAGUUAUGUGACAACCCUACGCUAUAUUAUGUAAUGUGAAGCGCUGACGGUGUGCUUUCGUUCGUGAGAACGUUUUAUUCCUUUAAAUUAUAAUAUUAGAAUAAAGACACAUUGUGAAGCAUCGUGCUCAUAAUAACACGUAUAUUGUAAUUUUACUUUUUAAUUAAAAUAAUUUAAGAUA